UAUACUUACAUACAUAGAUAUAAAUCAAUAUGAAUAUAGAAAUUACGAAAUCUCUAAAUCAUUUCUAUAAAGAAUGUAAAGAACUUUUGUUUACUAGUUGCAAAGCGAUUGAAAUUGAAGUGGAUACUGCAGAUCCAGAUUGGCCUCUUAAUUUCUAUAGAGAAUAUGUGUCAAAGAAUGUACCAGUGGUUAUUAAAGGGGGAUGCAAGCAUUUUGAGGCAACCCAAAAAUGGGAUUCAACUUAUUUCAGGUCAAUGUUGGGAGAAAAAGAUGUAACAGUAGCAAUAACACCAAAUGGGUAUGCAGAUGGACUUGCCAGUUGGAGGAAUCCUGAGACUGAAUUAGAUGAGGAAAUAUUUGUUUUGCCUGAAGAACGAAUCAUGAAAAUGGACGAAUUUUUAAAUAAUAUACAGAAUCCAAAGGAAAAUGUAAUUUGUUAUAUUCAAAGGCAAAAUUCUAAUUUGACUGAAGAUUUUCAAGAACUAUUUAAUGAUAUUCCACUAAAUAUUGGAUGGGCUUCUAAAGCUUUCAAUAAGAAACCUGAUGCAGUCAAUUUCUGGAUGGGUGAUGAAAGAGCAGUUACCAGUAUGCAUAAAGAUUUCUAUGAAAACAUUUAUUGUGUAAUAGAUGGUCACAAGGACUUUAUUUUAAUACCACCUACUGAUUUACCAUGCAUCAACUAUAAAACAUAUAAAAUGGGACAGUAUGAAGAUGUUUACCAAAGUGGCUUCAAUGUAAAGCUGUGCAGAGACAGCAAUGGAAUUCAGCAUGUACCUUGGAUUGCUAAUGAUCCUUUAAAUGAAAAAUGUAAUUUAAAUUCAGAUUUUCAAAAAGCUAAUGUGCAUAGAGUAAGAGUAUCAAAGGGGGAUUGUCUGUAUCUGCCAAGUAUGUGGUUUCAUCAUGUGCAACAGAGUCAUGGAUGCAUAGCUGUUAAUUAUUGGUAUGAUAUGGAUUUUGAUGUGAAAUUUUGUUACUAUAAGUUACUAGAAUCUUUAAGUAACGUAAAAUAAUACGUUGAAUGUGAAAAA